AUGGCCACCGCUUCGCGUCAGGUGCAGUUCCAGGGGAUUGAUUCGGUGUUUGAGAGUCAGAAAACAGAGAGGGGAAAUCGAGAACGCAAGGCCCACCGUGAGCGGAAGAAAGCGAAGAAAAUGGCGGAAAGGGACGCGAAAGAGCAUCUUCGGUAUUUUGUUCUGUUCCUACAGACGUAUCAGAUCCAACGUCCUGGUCCACCACGUCCAACGUUGCGUGAGAUGAUUCAGUCAGUCAACGGCGCCAUGGGUAUUUUGGGACUUUUGUUUCCUGAUGCUGCCGACGACACUGCGGCUUGGAAGCGUUCGAUAAUAUCGUGCACUGUCCCAACAGUGGUGGAGGAUAGCAAAAAUCCAACAUUCGGACCUCCCAAGCACUGA